UUGAGCACUGAAUGGAAACCAAAAUGAGCUUCAGAGAUUUUGCUGUUGUUUUUCUGAUUUGGGUUCCUAUGGGCGUAAAUGCCUUAAGGUGCCCAGCUCCCACAUUGGAUCAUGGCUAUUUUCUCCCUGACACAAAAGCAUAUGCAGAGAAUGAGGUUCUGUUUUAUGCUUGUGAUACUGAAUUUAAACCUGAUCAGGAGGAGUGGUGGGUGGCAACUACAUGUACGGCUGGCACAUGGAGCACUGUGCCUAAGUGUAUAGCAAAAGAUCAUUGCAUUUCUCUGAUAAUCACCCACGGUGAAAUCCAGGACAAGAGAGCAGACUAUGUGGCUGGGGACAUAAUCUCGAUAAAUUGCCAAGAAGGAUAUCACUCUGAACAUCCUCAACAAGUUUGUUCCGAUGGAAUGUGGACCCCACACCCCAUCUGUAAAGAAAAUCAAUGUGGAGUUACACCGCAAAUACUGAAUGGUAAAGCUCAAGAGAGGGGGAAGGUGGUAACGUACUCAUGCAGCACCGGCUACGUGCUGGUGGGUGUUGCGACUGUGGACUGCCUCAGCGAUGGACGAUGGUCCGAUCCUCCAGCUUGUGAAGCCAGGGGAGGAGGACGAGUUGAGACGACUACUUUGCCUAGGAAAGAGGAAGCCCCAAUUGAACGAUGUGGCGCCAUACCAGUAGUGCAGAAUGCAGAGCAGGAGAUAUUUGCCUGGAAUGUGCUCUACAGGUGUAAUCGGAGCUACAGAAUGAGAACUUCCCAUUCUCGGAUCUACUGUUACACGGACGGACUUUGGACCACUCCACUUCCAGAGUGCACAUGGUGGUGGUAAA